AGGAUGCUGCAAUAGAUCACAGACUCGCGCUGCGUGCACAUAAACGCGCUGUCGUCCUACACAAACCUAUAGAUUUACACGCGUCUACGUUUUUAACAUGACCACGAUGAACAUUAACGAAGGGGAAAUGUUAGUCUAGCAUGCAUGUGCAGUCGGAUGGACAGGUUUGGAGGGGGAGGCUGGCUUUGAGGUCCCGCCCCUCAUUCAUUCUGCCGAGGACACCGGAGGAGGACGGACCUCUGAGGGACCUCUGAGGGGAAAAGAGGAGAGGAAAGAGGAAAGGAAAGACCACCGUCCAAUUUUUUUUAUUGGUUAUACAGCGUGAAGAUCUCGAGUGAUACGAUCAAGGAAAAGGAGUGGACGUUCGCUUCGGGCCCGGUGCGCGCGCCGGCUAUGCGGGAAGCAUAAACCGGCGACCGCCGCCUGUCUCUCUCUCUCUCUCUCUCUCUCUCUCGCUGUCUCUAUCGAUCCUCUCUCCCUCUCUCCGUUUCACGAGCAUCAGUGAUUUAUUGGGUGAGACCAGGAUCAGGGGCCUGUCGCGCGCGUUAAAACAUGGAUGCGUUUUUUGCAGAGGGGACGCGUGUGUGGGUGAAGGAAAAAGAGCAGCUGCUUCCAUCUACAGUGAACUCCUGUGGAGACGGGACCAUCGUCCUCACCACUGACUAUGGAGAGGUGUUGUACCUGCAGCAGGCGGAGGUGACCAGGGAGAAGGUGUACCCCAUGCACCAGAGCAGUAUUGAUGGCGUGGAGGACAUGUCCACGCUGGCUGAGCUCCACGAGGCCGCUAUCAUGCACAACCUUCACCAGCGCUACCAGAAGGAUCACAUCUACACGAACAUCGGCUCCAUCUUGGCAGCAGUUAACCCAUAUAAGCAGAUCUCAGACCUGUACGAUCCCUCAGCGGUGGAUCUGUACAGUCGUCAUCACCUCGGCGAACUCCCGCCUCACAUCUUUGCCGUGGCCAAUGAGAGCUACCGAUGCCUCUGGAAAAGACAUGACAGCCAGUGUGUGCUCAUCAGUGGAGAGAGCGGAGCUGGUAAAACAGAGAGCACUAAACUUCUGCUGCAGUUUCUGUCUGUGAUGAGCCAGAAUUCAGCGGGGGCUCCGGAGAAAACCGCCACCUGUGUAGAGCAAGCCAUCGUCCUGAGCAGUCCGAUCAUGGAAGCGUUCGGAAACGCCAAAACCGUUUACAACAACAACUCCAGCCGCUUCGGGAAGUUCAUCCAGCUUCAUUUCUGUCAGAGCGGCAACAUCCAGGGAGGCUGCAUCGUCGACUAUUUGCUUGAAAAGAACCGUGUGGUGAGGCAGAACCCCGGAGAGAGGAACUAUCACAUUUUCUACGCUCUGCUGGCCGGUCUAACCCAAGGCCAGAAAGAAACGUAUUUCCUGGCCGAACCUCCGGAGUUGUUUCAUUACCUGAGUCAGUCGGGUUGCGUGAAGGACCGCAACCUGGACGAUAAGAAGCUCUACGACAGCGUGAUGGAAGCUCUGAAGGUGUUGGAGUUCAGUGAGGAGGAGAUCAGGGACAUGUUCAAGCUGCUGUCUGGAGUCCUGCAGCUGGGCAACAUUGAGUUCAUGACAGCAGGAGGCGCUCAGAUCACCACCAAGCAGGUGGUCACUAACGUCAGCGAGCUCCUGGGUCUGGACUCCUUCCAGCUGUCUGAGGUUUUGACUCAACGCUCCAUGAUCCUGAGAGGAGAAGAGAUCUGCUCGCCACUCACUAUAGAGCAGGCGAUAGAUUCGCGGGACUCGGUUGCCAUGGCGCUGUACUCUCAGUGCUUCUCCUGGAUCAUCAUGCGCAUCAACCAGAAGAUCAAAGGACGAGACAACUUCAAAUCCAUCGGCAUCCUGGACAUCUUCGGCUUCGAGAACUUCGCGGUGAAUCGCUUCGAGCAGUUCAACAUCAACUACGCUAACGAGAAGCUGCAGGAAUAUUUCAACAAACACAUCUUCUCUCUGGAGCAGCUGGAGUACAACAGGGAGGGAAUUCGCUGGGAAGCCAUAGACUGGAUGGACAACGCAGAAUGUCUGGAUCUGAUCGAAAAAAAACUGGGCAUGUUGGCGCUGGUUAAUGAGGAGAGCCGCUUCCCUAAAGGCACUGAUUUCACUCUGCUGGAGAAACUGCACAGCCGACACUCGACAAACCCGUACUACGUGAAGCCUCGACUGGCAGAUCAUCAGUUUGGAAUUAAGCACUACGCUGGAGAGGUGUUGUAUGAUGUGAGAGGCAUCCUGGAGAAGAACAGAGAUACGUUUCGAGACGAUAUCCUGAACAUGCUGAAGGACAGCAGGCUGGACUUCAUCUAUGACCUGUUUGAGCAAAUGGGCAGCAGGAAUAACGAAGAGACCCUGAAGAUGGGCACGGCUCGGAAGAAACCCACUGUCAGCUCUCAGUUCAGAGACUCUCUUCACUCCUUAAUGGCCACUCUUAGUGUGUCCAACCCUUUCUUCGUGCGCUGCAUCAAACCCAACAUGGACAAGACACCCAACAGGUUCGACCCGGAGGUGGUUCUGAAUCAGCUGCGUUACUCCGGCAUGCUGGAGACGGUGAAGAUCCGGCGCGCAGGGUUUCCGGUCAGACGCACUUUUAAAGACUUCAUGAGCAGGUAUAAGAUUAUUCUGAAGGAAGGCUCGAAAACGGCAGCAGCUGAUGGAGAUGAGAAGAAAAGCUGCACUGAUCUGCUCACCAAAUACGACCAGAGCAAGAAGGAGUGGCAGCUCGGCAAGACCAAGGUGUUUAUGAAGGAGUCUCUGGAGCAGAGGUUGGAGAAGGAGCGAGACGAGGUGCGCCGCAAAGCCGGCCUCAUCAUACGAGCGCACCUGCUCUCUUACAUCGCAAGGAAGCAGUUUAAAAAAGCUCUGUCCAGCAUAGUGACCAUCCAGAAGAACUACCGCGCGCAUUUCUACCAGCGACGCUUUAAGCGCAAACGCUCGGCCGUGCUCGUCCUGCAGAAGUGCCGGCGAGGGCAAGUGGCGCGGGGCAGGUGUCGCAAACUCCGAGACGAGAAGAGGAAAAGGGAGGAGGAGGAGAGGAGGAAGAAAGAGGCAGAGGAGAAGAAGAAAGAAGAAGACGGGGCACAGGUGAAAGCAGGAGAUGCAGGAAAAGGAGAGGACGAGGCAGCCGGAGAAAUUCAGCUCACUGUGGAGGAGCAGAGCCGUCAGAUGGAGGAGAUCCUGAGGUUGGAGAGAGAGAUCGAGCGGCUGCAGAAGCAGAGGGAGGAUGGCGUUUCUCAGCUGUGUGAGAGCUCACGUCAGGAGCUGAGGCUACGGCGUCACGCCGAGGCGCUGCGUCUCAAAAAGCAGGCAUCGCGUGUCGCCACUCAGUUGCUUGACCUGCAGAGCUUCGCUGGCAUCCAGCCGGAACAGAAGAUCCCUGCGGCGCCACCUUUACCCCCUGCUGAGGGAGAGGGUCGAGUCUCGCUGCCCGAUUUCCCUCCUCCGUCUGAGGGACCUCCGGAUCAGGAGAUCUUAGGCACUCUGCCUCCACCUCCACCUGCCUUCGCUGAGGGCACAGUGCCAUCCUCUACACCUGCUGCUGCUCCGACUGUCCCCACACCUCCACCACCACCACCUCCGCCUCCCCCACCUCCUCCUCCACCUCCUCCACCUCCUCCUCCACUCCCAGGAGAGGCUGCAAAGGUGAGCAAAGAAGUCUCCAAACCAGAGGAGAAGAAGGAAGAGGAUAAGCCUGCCGAGCCUGAGAAAGAGGAGAAAAAGGCAGAUGAGGCAGAAGGUGAGGCAGCAGAUCGAGGCAGCAGGCUGACUGAAACAGAGGAGCCGAUUUACAGCCUUCCGCUGGACACAGAGUCCGACUAUGACCAGGACGAGCUGGAGGAUGGUCAGAGCAGCAACACGGCCAACGACCCGGAGCAUGCGCGCAAGUCCACCUGCACCAACGCCAGCCAGGAGUCGUACAAUCGCAGCUCAGACUCGUAUGUGGAGAGUGAUGAGGAGCAUGACGGUCUUGCUGACACAGAUGAAGAGCUGUCGAACGGUAAAGGCAACGUGUUGAAUGGUAACGGACCUCCGUACUUCCACAGCUACCUCUAUAUGAAAGCGGGUCUGAUGAUCCCAUGGCGAAAGCGCUGGUGUGUGCUGAAGGACGAGACGUUCAUGUGGUUCCGCUCCAAACAGGAGUCUCUGAAGUCAGGCUGGCUGUAUAAGAAAGGCGGGGGAUUGUCCACUCUGUCGCGCAGGAACUGGAAGAUGCGCUGGUUUGUGCUGCGAGACUCGAAGCUCAUGUACUACGAGAACGACAGCGAAGAGAAGCUCAAGGGCACCAUCGACAUCCGCACGGCCAAGGAGAUUGUAGACAACCACGAGAAGGAGAAUGCGCUGAACAUCGUGACUGAUGAACGGACGUAUCAGGUGUUUGCCGAGUCGCCAGAAGACGCCAGCGGUUGGUUCACGGUGCUGAGUCGAGUCCACACUGCCACCCCUGAGCAGCUGCUGGAGAUGUCUCAUGAGCAGGCAAACCCUAAGAACGCUGUGGGCACCCUGGAUGUCGGCCUGAUCGACUCUGUGUGUGCGUCUGAUAAUCCGGACCGGCCCAACUCGUUUGUGAUCAUCACGGCGAAUCGAGUGAUCCACUGCAACACGGAGCUGCCAGAGGAGAUGCACCACUGGAUCAGCCUUCUGCAGAAACCCAAAGGAGACACCAAGGUCGAAGGCCAGGAGUUCCUGGUUAGAGGCUGGCUGCAUAAAGAGGUGAAGACCGGAGCUAAGAGCAGCGCUUUGAAACUGAAGAAGCGCUGGUUCAUCCUGACCAACAACUCUCUGGACUACUACAAAUCGGCCGAGCGCAGCACAUCCAAGAUGGGUACGCUGGUUCUGAAUAGCCUGUGCUCCGUGGUCCAGCCCGACGAGAAGGUCUUCAAAGAGACGGGAUACUGGAACAUCGUGGUUCAUGGGAGGAAACACUCUUACCGGCUCUACACCAAGAUGCUGAACGAGGCCAUGAGAUGGGUUUCGGCGAUUCAGGGGGUCAUCGAGAACAAGGCGCCCAUCGAGACCCCGACCCAGCAACUCAUCCGAGACAUCAAGGAGAACAGCGUGAAUUCGGAGGCGGUGGAGCAGAUGUAUCGCCGGAACCCCAUCCUCCGCUACACGCAGCACCCGCUACACUCGCCCCUGCUGCCCUUACCGUAUGGAGAGAUCAACGAUAGCUUGCAAAAGGAGAAGGGCUACGGCAGCCUGCAGGACGAGGCGGUGAAGAUCUUCAACUCUCUGCAGGAGAUGGAGAUCGUCUCCGACCCGGUGGCCAUCAUCCAGGGCAUCCUGCAGACCUGCCACGACCUGAAGCCGCUCCGAGACGAGGUCUACUGUCAGCUGAUCAAACAGACCAAUCACGUGCCUCAGCCCAACAGCCCGGGAAACCGCGCGCACUGGCACCUGCUCACGUGCAUGAGCUGUACGUUUCUGCCCAGUCGCGCCAUCCUGCGCUACCUACGCUUCCACCUCAAGAGGGUGAGGGAGCGUUAUCCCGGCACCGAGAUCGAGAAGUACGCCCACUUCAUCAGCGAGUCUCUGAAGAAGACCAAGACGAGGGAGUUUGUGCCCUCUCAGGAGGAGAUCGCCGCCCUGCUGACCAGGCGUGAGAUGUCCACCACGGUGUACUGCCAUGGAGGAGGAUCCUGUAAGAUCUCCAUCAACUCCCACACCACUGCAGGAGAGGUUGUGGAGAAGCUGAUCCGAGGCCUGGCGAUGGAUAACAGCCGGAAUCUAUUCUCCCUGUUCGAACAUAACAAGGUGGAGAGCCGAGCUAUCGAGAGCCGCAUCAUCGUAGCAGACGUUCUCGCCAAGUUCGAAAGACUGGCAGGAAGUGAGGAAGAGGAAGAGGAAGGCCCGUGGAGGCUUUAUUUUAAACUGUAUUGCUUCCUGGAUGUGGACAGCAUGCCUAAGGAAGGGGUUGAGUUUGCCUUCAUGUUCGAACAGGCUCACGAGAGUCUGAUCAGCGGCCAUUUCCCCGCAUCCGAGGAGACGCUGCAGCACCUGGCGGCGCUUCGGCUGCAGUACAUCCACGGAGACGUGGCGCGCACACCGUGGAGCCUGAGCAGCGUGUAUCCGGUGGCUCGCCUCCGCACCCGCAUCCUGCACUCCACCAAGUUGGGCGGGUCCGGUGUGGCGGGAGUCGUGGGGAUUGGUCCGGGAGGUCACACACUCGAGAGGAGGAGGACCAGCUUCCUGGACGGCACGCUGCGGCGCAGCUUCAAGACUGGCUCGCUGAAAAAGCAACGGGAGGAAGAGCAGAUGCUGGAGAUGUACGUUAAGGAGGAGAUGUCGGCCACACUGACCAGCGUCCUGGAGAAGUGGAACCGUCUGCAGGGGAUGCCUCAGCACCAGGCCAUGCUCAGCUACAUGACCAUCAUCAAAGAGUGGCCCGGAUACGGAUCUACGCUCUUCGACGUCGAGUGUAAAGAAGGAGGCUUCCCUCACGACCUGUGGCUUGGAGUGAGUGCGGAGAAUGUGUCUGUGUAUAAGAGAGGAGAACCCAAACCACUGGAGACCUUCCAGUACGAGCACAUUGUCUUCUUUGGCGCUCCGCAGCCCAGCACCUACAAGAUCACCGUGGAUGAGAGGGAGAUGUUUUUCGAGACUCCUCAGGUGGGUGAGAUCACGAAGAUCAUGAAGGCUUACAUCAACAUGAUCGUCAAGAAGCGCUGCAGCGUCAUGUCCGUCACCAGCACCGGCAGCGCUUGGAUGAGGUGAUCGAAACCAGCCAAUCGGAUUACAGGCUUGUGAGCGAUGAAAUUACCAGCGAGAGAAAAAGUCCUUGUGUUGAAGCAGGAAACAUGAGCACACUGAGUAAAGAGGGAUGAGAGAAGACUCAGAAACAGCUGGACCACAGUUUACUUGGGGAAACUUCUCACACUGCUCCAAAGCACAACAGAUCCUGCAGUACUGUGACCUUAUCCCACCCUUAAUGCUGGCACCACCAAUGCUGGCCUUCUCUUUCAUCUCAAUCUUCUCUCCAUCAUCGAGUCCUGCUCAGAAACCUUCAUCAUCUUUGCUACACUGUUCGUACUGUUUCCCCACUCCUGAUUUCACAGUGCUGGGGACAAAGUGAACUCCACCAUACGAGUCACACUGAGAGCCAUUUUUUAAAGCCAAGGCCAUCCGGAUGCCACCUAUUUAUUUAUUUAUUUAUUUAUUGACUGGUUAUUUAUUUAUUAAUCACCGAUCAGUAUCAGAGCGACUCAAGUCUCAACUUAAAUCCGUUCAACUCAAGUGAACUUGUAUCAGUUCAGUUCAGCUCAAACUGAAUUGACUCAGCUGAACUCAGAUCAACCUAAUUCAAUUCAGCUCAAUGAAAAUGGCCUCAGUUGAACUCAAAUCAGCUGAGAUCAUCUCUGAACAGCUAAACGCAGCUCAAGUCAACUCAAUUCGGUUUAACUCAAACAAACUCAAGUGAACUCAAUUCAAUUCAAUGUAACUGAAAUCAGCAAAGUUGAAGUCAAAUAAACUUAAAUCAACUCAGAACUGCUAAACUCGACUCAAAUCAACUCGGGUCGGCGUAACUCGGCUCAACUCAACUCAAUUCUGUUUAACUCAAACAAACUCAACUGAACUCAAUUUAAUUCAAUUCAGUUCAAUUGAAAUCAAUCCAGCUGACCAUGAAUUAACUGAAAUCAGCACCACUGAACUCAAAUCAACCCAAUUCAAUUCAACUCAUUUAUCUCAGUUGAACUAAAAUCAGCUGAAAUCAACUCAGAACAGCUCAACUCAAUUCAGUUUAACUCAAACAAACUCGAUUCAAUUUAAUUCAAUACAUUGCAACAUGAAAUCAACCCAGUUGAACUCAAAUCAAAAGAAAUCUACCCAGAACAGCUAAACUCGGCUCUGAUGAAGUCGGCGUAACUCGUCUCAACUCAACUCAGUCCUGUUUAACUCGGACGAACUCAACUCAAUUCAACGCAACUGAAAUCAACUCUGAACAGCUAAACUCUGCUCAGAUCAACUCGAUUUGGUUUAACUCAAACGAAAUCAACUGGACUCAACUUAAUUCAAUUCAAUUCAACGGAAAUCAACCCAGCUGAGCUCAGAUGAACUGAAAUCAGCACACCUGAACUCAAAUCAACCCAAAUCUAAUCACCUAAUCAAUUUAGCUUGUUUUAGCUGAGCUCAGAAAUCAACUCAGCUCAAUUCGGCGAGUGAACUUAGCUGAACUCAAGUCAACUCAAAAGAAUUCAGUGCAAUCGAAAUUCGAAAUCGAAACUCAGUUGAACUCAUUUAUUCUUUUCUCAACUCAAUUUGGCAUAAACCCAAGUGAACUCCUUAUCAACUCAACUCAGAUCAGCUCGACUCAAUCCAACGUCAUUGGCACAGCCUUGAGACUGACCAGAGACCGGAACUGUUCAGUGUUCUCCCGUUAGAGCGACAGUAACCGCGGCUGAGUGACUGUUCUGAAGCCAGUGUCUACUAACCCCUUUCUGUACAUCACCAUAACGACCUAUUUUAUAUUCAGGACACAAACACAUCCCAGACCUUCAGUGAACACACUGGAACGUACACACCGAUGCACAAAAUAGGCUAAUAAACAGUGUGAAUGCACAAAAGCCUCUACAUACCUCCCAGUGUCCCCAGUACGGCGAGCCAAAACAACGUACUACUCCCACAAUCCAACAGUAUUACACCAAGCAAGGCCAGGAUUAAACUGGGGACAUUCACAUAACCAGCGCACACUUUCUUGUUGUUGUUUUGUUUUUAAAUACGAACUUUUGAUCGAAAACUGAAUCAGUAUCAUGUGUACCAUGUGGCGUUCAUUUGUACAGACUGUACGUUCUAAAAGGAUGUGUGUGAAUGCGAGUCUUAGCUACUGGCUAAGAUACUCUUACACUCUUGCCUCCAUUCAACCAGUAUUUAUACUUUGAUUCCUACCACGAGGCUGUUUUAACGUUUUCCACGCGAAACCUUGCGAAAGCAUCUGAGUGAUCCUGUCAGAAGUUAGCAAGUGACAGCUAAUCAGCUAAAGCUUAGAUAAGAGAGCAGGAGACAGCUAAUCAGCUAAAGCUUAGCUAAAGGGAGCGGUUUACAUUUUGUGAAAUAAUGUUAGGUUUCAGACGUCCAAAAGAAGAGCAAAGCAAUGACUCUGCUACGUAGUGUUAACGUUAGCGGGGCUAAAACUACAAACGAUGGCAACUCACAGCAUUAGCAUUUCAUCAUCAUGAUGUCAUUCCCUGCUGUAUUCCCGCCUAAAGUCUGCGCCUGACACGUCAGUCUCGGGUUUAUAUUCCUGAAGCGUCAUCAAGAUGGCCAGGCUCGCCUACAGCUAAACCGCGACACUUAAAACAGAAACUUUAUUUUAAAAAACUAGCAAAAAAACGAGCAAUCUAGCUAGCUUACAGAUACUACAUGGGUGAAAUAUUUAAAACUAUAACAAAUCGUACCAAAAUAAUGGUGCUCGCUUUACCUCAGUAACAAGACACACCAAUAAAUCACUGGGUUCAGUGUUUAUUUUUGUUUUCCUUCGCAAUUAGACAUUUCACUUCGCUUUUUUUUCCUCCAGCUGUUUAUCUUUUGCACUAAAGAGACCACACACACACACACACACACACACACAAAACUAAGCAAUGUUUAAUCCAGAUUUUAGAAACUAAUAAAUUCAUGAGACAGUAUUUACAAGUGGAAAUCAAACACGUCAUGUUUCCACGUGACGGACAUGUGUUAAAGCGCUAACGUUUUAUGUGAACUAGUAUUUUAUCCACAGCGCUGCCGAAUCCUCAAUUCUGAUUGGUCUGCAGGAUUUGCUUACCUUCUUUUCAUUCCGAGAAGUCCGGCAGUUAACACGCUCAUUCUAAUGCGUCAUCGUUUCCAUAGCAACAGUGCACGCACACAGGAUUUGUUUACGUUAAAAUCCUGACGAAAUAAAAAACCCCGAAAAACAUCGAUAUGCUGAUAUUCUUUAAAGAGAUUAGCUUUAUGGUUUAAGAUUUACGGAAGGAGUCUCCAGUUCCAGUGCACAGUAACAGCCAUAAUGUUCCGAUCUCAGACAUUUGAAUGCCUUCAGGAGAGAGGAGUUUGCAAGGGAAAGUGAAGUAAUGAUGUUUAUAGCUGCUAUAACGUAGGUGAUCACGUCACAGACGUUCCAUCACGUGAAGUGUUGUUACAAAUUAUAGGUUAUUAAAUAAAACAGUCAGCAUUUGGCUGUGGUAUUAAAGGUGUGGUGGUCUAGGAGUAUAAUCAGCAAGGGGGUGUUUCCUGACACCCCAUAAUACUUCACUGGACAGAAAAUUCCACUACAAUCAUAUCACUGACUCUUAUUCGUCACCGAUCCUGUAUGAGAGUCCCGUAUGCCUGUAUAGAGGUUUUUUUAAAUAAAAUAUAUAAAUAUAAAACUACCGUAUCUCACAACAGUACCUGUGUAAUUUUGCUGUUUGAUAUGCAACUGUUUGUCAAUGUCAUGCAAUUUAUUGAUUUAUUUUUUAUUUUUAUUAAAUGUACGUCUGAGAAUUUUGAACUAAAACGACAAGAGCGAAAAAAAAAGAUUAUGGAUUAUAGUGAUGAUGAUGAUGAUGAUGAUGAUGAUGAUGAUGAAGAUAUAAGCUUAUAUGUAUAGGUAUGAGUGUUGUGAUUGUUGUUUAAGGCAAAGAUUAUGGUGUUAAGGUGUCAAAGGUUGGUGUAUUUAUUUCUUCUUAUGAUGUGGACAGAGAGAGAGAGAGAGAGAGAGAGAGAGAGAGAAGGAGCGGAGAUCAAACCAAUGUGGAAUUGAGAUGAUCUCUGUCUGGGCUGAUCCAGGAUCAGGUUAUCCAGCUUAAACCUUGAUCGUCAGACGCCUGGUGUGGGUGCUGGGGUUGUGUUAUAAGAGAUACGGAUGCACAGAAAUGAUGUAUUGGAAGUGGUGAGCGUGUGUGUGUGUUCUAUCUGAUUGAGCAGCUAAGCUAGUUCUUACCAUUCCUCAUUAUAACAUAACACACACACACACACACCAACACAAUUACAUGCAUGCAACACACACACACACACACACACACACACACAUGGCUGGUUCUAUCUCUCUCACUCUUUACACUGGGACCUUUGCUCAGCUGCAGGCAGCCAAUAAAGGGCCUGAAUGUAAAUCUUCCUCAUUAUCGUUAUAUAUGACUCUAUAUAAGAUGAAAACAAUAUGACCGUGCUUGUUUAAGAGAGAGGAUAUUUCUUUCUUUCUUUUUUUUUUGUAACUGGCUUUACAAAAUGCUUUAAUAAAUUAUGGGAAUUUA